CAACAUCAGAGCGACCGGCGAUGCCAUGUGCACGGCCCGCCCACACUGUAUCAUCGGCGGGGAGCGACGGAGAGCGUUCUGCGGCCACGGACGCCGCCUUACAACAGCGUCUGCCGCCUCUUAAAGAAUUUGUCGGCGCUGACGGAGACUGGGGCGGCUUCAAGAGGCGGUUCAUCGCUCAUCAAGAGAUGGCGAACUGGUCGGACGCCGAGGCUCUACGCGCGCUGCCAGCGAUGCUGGACAACGACGCCCUGGCUACCCUCACCUCGGCGCCGAGGGAAAAGCGCGCCACUCUACACCUGGCGUUGCAGCUGCUGUCAGCCGUCUAUGGGCCGCCUUCGGACUGCAGGCAGCUGUUCCACGAUCGGAGUCGGGGCGCCAACGAGUCACCCCUGGCCUUCCGGACGGCUCUCCUGGCUCUGGCAAAGGCUGCUUUCCCAAGGAUGGACGAGGAAGGAGUGGAUGCCAUGGUGGCUGAGAAGCUGCUGCUACUCGCUGACGAGCUGGACGUCAACGUCCUGGCUCAGGACGACGCGGAGAUGUCGUCCCUGCUGGUCGCGCGCCACAUCCACGGGGGCUUGCGGUCCCUGCGUCGGAAGGCGGCAAAGGGGGCGGCCGGCCAUGCCAUGGCGACCACCGCCCUCCCAUCGGAGGAGGUCUGCGGGGUGGAGCGGCGAGGGGAAUGGAGAUCGGCGGCACCGCAGGCUCGGAAUGGACCGAGCCGCCAGGAGCAGCCCAGGUCAUCUGGGGCGCUCACACGCUGCUACAACUGUGGCCUGCAAGGCCACGUUGCGUCUGGAUGCCGGGCUCCCCGUCAGCGCGGGGCGACACCUCGUCAGGACGCCACGCCGUCUCCUCCCAAGCUCCAGCAGAGAAAUACGGUGAAACAGGAGUGACGGGUCCACACCCACCAACCCCUCCCGGAGGGGUCGGGGGUCACUCGGCAGCGACGCCUGACUCUCUUGCACCCGGACCGUCAACAACCGUCACUGAGCGUGCCAGGACGGGCCCUUGUGACGGGCCCGCCGCGCGGACGCGCGCCAAAACGCGCAGACUAUUGUGAGGUCGGCCGUUGGGGGGCCUUGCGGACAAUGGGAGGGGUGGCGUCCGGAGUGUGUGUAUAUAUGUUGGUUUUGGGGUAUUUAUUCGGGGGGGGUGCGUCGGGUUAUUUUUUUUUCCUCUCUCUCUCUCUCUCUUCCUGUUGUUGUUCUUGUUAAGGUUCUCUUGUUCUUGUUAAAAAUUACGCGAGGCACACACACGGGGUUUUU